CAGCAUUCUCCCAGCAUCCUCAUCCAUCCACAACAUAGCACCCCCAAACGACACACGCAAUACAUCCCACAAUGUGCGAGAAGACAGAGCACCACAUCUACGAAGGUGGAGAAAUAACCUUCCUCCUCCAAGAGGAGCCCGCCGGCGUAUCGUCCACUACAUCAACCCUCGCCCCAGCCAUCAAAGCCGAACCUGAUAAUUCCGACACCCUCGCCAUGCAACUCUCCAGCGUCGCCAUCUCCGAGUGCCCACCCCGGAAGAGAACCAAGUACUCGCAUACUACCCAGGAGCAGGCCAGUGCCGACCAGCACUUAAAACCCCGUCCGCAUCCCCAUCCCCAUCCCCAGACCAAAGACCAGCACCACCAACUCAAACACAAACAACCCACCCCCACCCCGCAACCCACUAUCCACAAAAUCCACGCCUCCAAAACCCACCUAGCAAGCGCAUCCCCCUUCUUCUCCCGCAUGUUCACCCGCCCCAACUUCACCGAAGGCCAAACCCUCACUGAAACCGGCCACCUGACCCUAACCGCCGAAUGGCCCCUGGCCCCCUUCCUCCUCCUCAUGCGGAUCAUCCACCACCAAACCCACCCGUGGCCCGACAAGAUCGACUUCCAGACCCUAGUCGACCUCACCAUCAUGGCCGACUACUACGGGUGCGUGCACGUCGUCAAGUUCUACGUGGGCGGGUGGCUGGACCGGCUGGAGCGCCGGCUGCCCCGCCGCUACUCCGAGGAGGUGGUGGUGAAGUGGAUCUUCGUGGCCUGGGUGUACGGCCGCCAGAACGUGCUGCGGUGCUGCACGCGCAUGGCGAUCGAGAAUGCCACCGACGAGGUCCGGGCGGAUGUGUAUCAGUUGCGGGUUUGUGAGAUGAUUAUCAGUACAGUACCCGCCCUCCCCUUUUUUUCCAGUUUCCUUUGCGGACGUGUGAUUUAGUUUGCUGGGGAUGGUGCUGACUUUCGGGUCGGGGAACAGAGAGUAUCAACCGCUGGCGCUGUAGGGCGAUUUUCCGCGUGCGGGAGGCGGUGAAACAUAUGAGGAGGGGGUUUAUUGCGGAUGCGCGCCACGAGCGGUUUGAUAAGAAUGCGACGCGGCUGGGGGCGUUGGAGAUUAAUUGCCAUAGGGGACGGAUUCGGUUGAGGGAGGAGUUUGAGGACGGGGACGAGGACGAGAAAGAAGAGCCGUACGUUGGGGAGAGC